AUGGCGCGUACUAAGCAGACUGCCCGCAAGUCGACCGGUGGUAAGGCCCCCCGCAAGCAGCUCGCUACCAAGGCUGCCCGCAAGUCGGCCCCCUCGGCCGGUGGUGUGAAGAAGCCCCAUCGUUACCGCCCGGGUACUGUCGCUCUUCGUGAGAUUCGUCGCUACCAGAAGAGCACUGAGCUGCUGAUCCGCAAGCUCCCCUUCCAGCGUCUGGUCCGUGAGAUCGCUCAGGACUUCAAGACCGACCUCCGUUUCCAGUCGUCGGCUGUUCUUGCUCUCCAGGAGUCGGCUGAGGCUUACCUCGUCUCGCUCUUCGAGGACACCAACCUGGCUGCCAUCCACGCCAAGCGUGUGACUAUCCAGCCGAAGGACAUUGCCCUCGCUCGCCGUCUCCGUGGUGAGCGCAGCUAA